AUGUCCUCUGAGUCCCCUGUACUGACCUCCGCCGACUCAAUGUCUAUCAACGCCGAGACCGAGACCCGAGACCCCGUCGCCCUUGACAAGUCCUCCCCUGUCUAUCGUGUUCUCUUCACUGAGGACGUCUUCGGAAUGAUCGUCGUCGCCGCCCUUGACUGUGCGCCAGGGACCCACGACAGGGCCACCAUUUCACGCCUGGCGCGCACGUCGCGAGGGUUCACGCGCGCCGCCAUGCGGGUUCUUUGGAGGAAGAUGACCUCACUCGUUCCGCUGCUCAGGACGAUCCCGGGUUUGAAGUGGGACAAGUAUCGUAGAUAUGGUACAUUCAUAUGGCACGUGGUAGUCCCUUCGGCCGACCCUGAGACACUCGCCGUCCUCGACACAAGGGCGUUCGAACGCUGCGGGCGGUACAUUAAGUACUUCGUCUGGCAGUCAAACCGCGAUAUCGGCAGGAAUACCCUCACCUUCUUCCAGAGUGCACUAUCCUCCUCGGCGCGGCCAUGGCUGCCAGCGGUCCGCUCCAUUACAUGGCACGAAGAGCGUGGUGAGCCAACGCUCCUUCCUCUCUGGGUGUUCGGGGCCCCAAGCUUGAGGGAGCUCUCUAUCACUGCUUCCCUCGGAGAAAAGCCUCGGUUACUAAAGCUCUUUGACGAGCUUCGAACUCGGUGUCCUGACCUGGAGUCGGUUCACAUCCAGCAUCCGGCGCCGCUGCGGCCCGUCCAUGUUCCAUUGCGCAGCUCCGAGUUCUCCUCUGCGUUCAGACGGUUCUUGGUCGAGACGAUUCACGGCCCGUCAGGCGGUUUGGGGCUGCGUUCCCUCGUUACCUGUGUCCCGCUUUCGUGGGACGACGUUUCCGUGCUGGCACAGAUGUCGAGGCUCGAGGUACUCAAUGUGCAUCUGGCCCCCGCAACGGCUUCCCCGAACGAACCUCCGCUUCCCCCAGGUGCAUUCCAAAGCCUCGUGUCCCUCGUCCUCGAAGUAGAAGAACUGGACUGGACCGUUAUCCGCCUAAUGGACAGCCUCGACAGCCCGACCCUCCAAAGCCUUCGAGUGGUGAUCGUAGAGAGACCCCCGGAGUUGAGGAUGCGCGACUUCUUCAGCUCUUUGGCACGCAGCACAUUCCGGCAGCGGCUUGAAUGCUUCGGGCUCGAAGUCAAUUACACGUCUCUACCAGACAAGUCGGAUGGCCGUUGCGUCCACGCCCUGUCGGGCUCCACGCUCCGUCCUCUGUUGCAGAUGUCUGGCCUGAUAUCGCUGUCCCUCAUCAUACCACGGAUUUCCUUAUGUCGGGACGACUUACAAACGCUGGCCAAGGCAUGGUCUCACCUCCGGAGGAUCAAAAUCCGACAAAUCGCGAACGUCGUGAAGCCUAUCGAUGUCCGUGAUCUUCUCGCUCUUGCAGAGUUCGCGCAGAAGCUGGAGGAGGUUGUACUUGACAUACAUGGAGACAACGUGAGCUUGCCGAUCCCCGAGGAGGAGCUUCCUGCCCGCUCGAGAAGGGUCAGGAAGAUCACCUGCCGCACAUUCAAUAAUGAUGACGACGAGCAGGCCAUCCUGGCCUACCUGAGUUACAUAUUCCCCAAGGCCGUGGUCACACCGGUACAAUCUUGGUACCGGUAA